GAACUGUAAAGUAUUCCAGGUUCAUAAAAUAUUCCUGUUUUAAAACAGAAGAGGCUGCCUCUCGCCUAUGUUCUUCCCGAAAAGACGCCUCAACAAGAAAACUCUAUAAAAGUGGCAUGUCCGGGUUGCAGGACGACCUCGAUUACGCACUUCAUACAACCAAAGUGACGAAUAAUUACUACGACGAAAUCCUAGAGCUUACUGGGAGGGAACUUGAGGAGUUUCCAACACCUAUCGACAGGACAGAGGAGAACGAUAGCGUGCAGUCAAGAUCAAUGGAAGGACACAACGAACGCGGUGACAGUCCACCGUCUGCAAACUUGACGGAAAGUGAUGAAGAGUAUGACGAAGAUGAGGAGGAGGAUGAGGAAGACAUUCCUGCUUCCGGCAUCUCAUCCCACCCCGGACGACCGUCCGCAGCCCCUGCCGGUCGGACAGGUCUAGGAAGACAAAAACAAGAUCUCGACGGGGUGACAGUAGGAGGAACCAAUGGCUUGCUAGAUGACGACGACGAGGAUUACGACGAGAAUGACGACGACUUCUCAACCGGCGGCCAUGGUGGAUUUUCAACGAAAAGCCGAACAAGCAGUUUCGGCGGCGGUGGCACAUCUUACAAAGAGCUCUCCGUAAACGACGAACUUCAAGAGCUCUUUCAAUAUAUCCAACGAUAUAAACCCCAAGAACAGGAGCUUGAAACGGAAUUAAAGUCUUUCAUUCCGGACUAUGUUCCAGCAAUCGGGGAUAUUGAUGCCUUCAUCAAGAUCCCUCGCCCGGACGGAAACCCGGAUCAGCUAGGACUGCUUUCUCUAGAUGAACCCAAUACCGAGCAAUCUGACCCCACCGUUCUCGAUCUCCAUCUCCGCGCGAUAACCAAAUCCACAGCACCAAUACCAACAACCGUUCGUUCCAUUGACCCUAUAAAUCUCAAAACAAAUCCAAAGCUUAUUGAUGCAUGGAUCAAGAACACACGAGACCUGCAUGCACACAAACCACCCCAAACUGUUCAUUAUACAAAACGAAUGCCCGACAUAGAAGAGUUGAUGCAGGUCUGGCCGUCGCAGGUUGAAGAAGGAUUGGCAAAGGUUAAUCUACCGACUGCAGAUAUUGACCUUCCCCUCUCACAAUUCGCCGCAUUCUUGUCACUCAUCCUCGACAUACCAAUUUCCAGUCCAUCCCAGCCCUCAAGUAAAAAUCAAUCUUCAUAUCCUUCACAAAAGGGAGCUGCACCAACCCAUGUCGUGGAAGCUCUGCAUGUCAUGUUUACUUUGUAUUCAGAAUUUAAAAACUCGGCACAUUUCAAGGCAAUGGAACGAAGUGCGCCCAGUUGAGAAUAGAAUAAAUGAGUUCCAAA